GAUGCUCAGAGGGAGGAUGCACUUAUAAAAAGUCGGAUCAACUGUUGCUGGCCGCACUCUCUACUAACCUCCACACCACGCUCCCAGACAUCUGAGAAGAGAACUCCUCUAAAGACAUUAUAAAAGAUGGCAAAGGUUUUCAAGAAGACCAGUGGAAACGGAGGGCUCACACUCUACCUGGGGAAGAGAGACUAUGUGGACCACAUGGACAAAGUGGACCAAGUUGAUGGAGUUGUAAAGCUAGACACAAAGGACUUUGGAGACAGGAAAGUGUUUGUGCAGCUGGCAUGUGCUUUCCGGUACGGGAGUGAGGACCUGGAUGUGAUGGGCCUGUGCUUCAGGAAGGACAUCUGGAUCCAUCACGUCCAGAUCUACCCUGAGAGCCACAAGCCCGCUCUGUCCGCCAUGCACGAUACCCUGCUGAAGAAGGCGGGAGACGACGCAAAACCCUUCACUUUUGAAAUUCCAACUAACCUGCCAUGCUCAGUGUCUCUGCAGCCUGGACCAGAUGACAAGGGGAAGGCUUGUGGUGUCGACUUUGAGAUCAAAACUUACCUCGCUAAGGACAAGGCCAACCCGGAUGAGACGAUUGACAAGAAGGACACAGCUCGCCUUGUCAUUCGUAAAAUCCAGUUUGCCCCCUCUCAAGUUGGCGCCGGGCCCAAGGCUGAUAUCUGCAAAAGCUUCAUGAUGUCCGAUAAGCCUGUUCACCUAGAAGCUUCACUGGAAAAAGAUCUCUACUUCCACGGUGAAUCAAUCCCAAUCAAAAUCAAAAUCAACAAUGAGAGCAACAAAACAGUCAAGAAAUUCCAAAUCACUGUCGACCAACUCACAGACAUCAUCCUUUACUCGGCAGACAAAUACUCCAAGGCUGUUCUCAGCCAAGAGUUUGGAGAGACCGUGGAGUCCAACAGCACCUACGAGAAUACUCUGACUAUCACCCCCCUGCUGGCUGAAAACAAGGAAAAGAGGGGGCUGUCACUGGACGGGCGACUGAAGGAUGAGGACACUAACCUGGCGUCCACCACUAUUUUGCGACAGGGCUUAGAAAAAGAGGUUUUGGGAAUCCUGGUUUCCUACAAGAUUAAAAUUAACCUCAUGGUGGCCGGAGGAGGCCUGCUUGGUGGCCUCACUUCCAGUGACGUCACAGUGGAGCUGCCAUUGAUGCUCAUGCACCCAAAACCUCAAGAGUAAAGACUGCACAUCAGCUUUCUUGAAAGAGACCACCCUAUCGUCAAGAGAGGAAGUUAAUCGUGAGGAGGAGAUGAAACCCACAGAAAGAAUGGAACACGAUGAGGGAAUGUGGGACAAAACCAAGAAAAAAUAUGUGACUGGUGUAAUGAACCCAUUUAACAUAACAUAGGAACUGAAAAGAAUGACCUUUUCAACCCAUUAAGGACACUCACUGGUUAUUUUGUUAUUGUUUUUGUUUUGUCCUUUAGCUGUAGAGGGAGUAUUCUCACUUUAGAGACCAAAGUCUGUAGAAACUAACAUGUGUGUACAAUCAAUUUCCCUCCCUUCAGAGUGUGAUUGGAAGAUGGGAAGUCAGUUUGAAGCCCUUAAAAGCCACUAUAGUUUGAUGUACACAGGUACACUUAUUUUGAAACUUUUCUUGUUUCUUUAAAUCUGAUUGUGUUUUUGAUGUGAAGUCGAAUAACCUAUACAUUAAUAAAAACGAUUGUAAAAA